AUGGACAACCUGACAUUCAGACACAGUAUUCUCCUAGUGGAGGGACUUCAAGUUACACCUCAGUCUACCUAUGUUGUUUUCACAUUUCUUCUUUUGGUUUAUGUCUUCAUAAUGGUUUCCAAUAUUGCACUUGUAAUUCUGAUCUCAACAGAGAAGAAUCUACAUCAUCCUAUGCAUUUCCUGUUCUGUAACUUGCCAAUGAAUGAUAUAUUAGGGACAACUGUCAUUUUGCCACGCUUAUUGCAGGACAUUUUAAAAGAAACGUCAGAGCGCUAUAUGACAUAUGUGGAAUGUGUUGUUCAAGCAUAUUUUGUGCAUAUAUUUGUAGCAGCAUGCCAUUAUGUUCUUAUGAUAGGACUCACUGUGCGACUGUCUCACUGCAGAUCUAAAAUUGAAAAUCCUUUCUGUGACAAUGCCUCACUGUUUAAACUGUCCUGUGAGGAUGGUGUUGUUGUUAAUAAUGUGUAUGGAAUCAUUUAUACUGUGGUUUUAUUUUCCUUCUCAAUUCUGUCUAUAUUCAUAACAUAUGGCAAAAUUGCUAAUGUAUGCAUAACUAGCAAAAACAAAGCACUGAACAGCAAAGCCAUAAAAACAUGCAGCACUCAUUUAGCUGUUUAUUUAAUCAUGCUUGUUUCUGGCUCCACUUUUAUUUUUCUCCAUCGUUUUCCUCUCUACUCUGAAAGCAGGAAACUAGCAAGUAUAAUGUUCCACAUUGUACCACCAGGACUAAAUCCUUUAGUAUAUGGUUUACAAACUAAAGAAAUAAGACAGAAGUUUGUAAAAUUUUGGUGCAGAGAAAAAGGAGCAUCUUAAUGUAUUAUAUUAUUAUACACUGGUAACAGCAUUUAAUGUGUUGAGUCAGUAACUCCCCUUUAGAAAUACAUACAAUGCUGUGAUAAUCUUCAAAUUCUGUCUUUGGAUCCAAUCAUACAAGUGAUGUUUUAGGAAUGUAAGUCUUUAGUAACUGCUUUGUAACUUAACUUUUUAUUUAUUUUAGGGGCACUAAAUCAGUGUCUUCACAUGGUAAGGUGUUACAAUAUAUUUAUAUUUUAAAUAAAA